AUGGCGAUAUCCUAUCGAAGAAGACCAUUUGAUGAGAUAUGCGAUGAGUUGUAUCUGGAAUUUCUCGGGAAGUUUGAACGAUCCAAGGAGGAGGAAAACAGAUUUGCUCCAAAUGGAACGGCGGAAGAGGUUCUGCAGUCUGAUGUUUUGCAUCGCUUCUUCAGAAGUCUAGACUGGUCGGAUGCAUCAGAACACUGCAUGACCGAAGGCGAUCUCAUCAAAAGGUUGAAGGAGAGGGACCUCUACAACUUCCUCGCUAUUUUGAUUUUUACCACUUGCAAUAUCGAGGCUGCUCGAACAUUUACAACCGAACUUUUAUUUAAAGAGACAUUUGACAGCGAUCUAUACUCUCUUCCCGCUGAACGCGACACUUUGUGUUCUUUAUUCGGAGAGGAGGUCACGCCUGAUAAAUUUGUCGCACAGCAAGCCUGCUUUUGUCCAAUUAUUAUUCAUCAGGGCAGAGAACAGGCUGUGGAAAGUCCAAAAAGGCGACGUCUCCCCUACUUAGAGGAAAAAUUACUAUCGCAGGGGUCCUUUGGGAAGGUCUACAAGGUCAAAAUUGCAAAGGGACACUUUCAGAGACAUCGCAUUGGGACAACAUCAAACACACUCCCUUUGGAGAUUGCACGAAAGGACUAUGUUAUCAGCAGCCAAUUUCCUGCAGGCAAUAAAGAUCACGAGGUGCUGGAGAAGAUUCUUGCAUCCGAUCGAUCAUGCGAGAACAUUGUCGAAAACUUCGGCAGCCUCGCAAUCGGCUCAACAAUGUACAGCAUCUUCAUGCCUCUCGCUAUAUGUGAUCUGAGUACAUAUAUGAUGGAAUACCACCGGGCCAAGCCCAGCACCACACGCGAGAAGGCCGCGAUAAUUCUCUCCGCCCGUGGGCUAGCUCGAGGGCUGCACUUCCUGCACCAUGAGAUGAAAACACCUCAAGGGGAAGACCUGGUCUGCUAUCAUAUGGACCUGAAGCCAAGUAACAUUCUGAUAUUCCAAAAUAACGGCGGUGAACAAAUUUGGAAGAUCAGUGAUUUUGGUAUGGCUCGCGUUAAAGUGAGAAAUAGCGGUGGAUCCAGGGAUAAGGAAAGGGAUUUCAACAGUUGGUUUGUUCAGCGGCAGAAGCCUCCAGAGCCUACGCCUAGUCCAACUUUCAAUCCACAUGGAGAAGGAACAUAUCUCGCCCCCGAAUCGCUUGCUGCGAUUCGAAGCAUGAAAGCAAGCAGUGAUGUUUGGUCUCUUGGAUGUGUUGUCAGUGUGCUAUUUGUCUAUCUGGAGGAUGGUGCAGAUGGGGUGGUCCAAUACCGAAAGGAACGAUCAGACCAUCCCAAGGCGGAUGGAAUCGAUCGUUUCUUUCUUCGCGACAAGGGAUUUGGGCCUUUUAAACCCCAUCCUAUCGUCAAGAAAUGGCAUGGAAAGUUGGUUCGCGCAGCCAAGCGUGAUGCUAAAGAAUGUGCGGCCCUAGAAUCUUUGUUGAGCUUUCUUGAAAAUUCGGUCUUCCAGGAUCAGAUGAAACGGUGCAGUGCUGUGGAGGUUGGAGACAUGCUUCUCCGGACAUUCCAGAGCUAUUCUAGUUUUUCUACGGAUGUUUUAUCAAAACCAACUGAAAAGAGUCUGACCCUGAUGGAAAAAGCAUUAAGCCGAUUGAGAGGGCGAAAAUUACCUUCGGACAACGACAGACGCAUUGUAAAGUGGUCACUGAGAACAAAUGAGCCUUUCAAAAAUUGCGAGAUAUCGAAUGACGGUUCUCUUGUGGUGUUCUGGAGUGAUAGGAAACUGACACUCUUCACAUCACUUUCGCUGUCAAGCAGUACAUCUGAUGCAAUACCCCAGGCGGAAUGGUCCUUGGAGUCCUUAAUGCGACCUAAUUGCAUUCUAAACAGUGUCAGACUGACAAAUCGCUAUUUGCUGGCUACCACAUCUGGGGGUACCUUCAGAUGUGACGUAUUUUCUUUGAAAAAGGGGCAGUCGGUAGAUGCCAGCUUUGAUUACCGCCGGGGCUUUGAAUCACAGCAGCCGGAGAUAUCCGAUAUUGCAAUUUCAUCUGAUAGCAAAAAUAUGGCGUGUAUUCUGCCAGGAAAGGAAGGGGCCCAAAAGCCCGCAUCGCUAUAUGUUGCACCCGUUGCGUCUGCAAACGAAUGUACAUGGGUCGAGGAGCUCGAUUGGCCGGCGACUGAGAUUUCCGACUUAUCCUUUCCAACCGCAAAUGAUAUUUACUUCGUUGUCCGUCCAAAAGUCAGCAUUCGCAGCCAUGAAGAUAAGGCAAUCCUCGCUCAUGUAUGCCACGCAUCUAAACGACUAGAAACUGUCAGAAUUGAAUCAGCGGUGAAUUUUAAGGGCCUUGAUCAUAGUGGAGGCUACGUCGGCAUUUUCACUACCUUCGCCCCCAUCUAUGAACUGUUCGAUACAUGUGCCAUAAUAACUAAGCAGAAUCGGCUGUAUAUACAAAGCCUAGACGAAAUGGAUAGCUCGCUCGCUAUUCAGGCUCAAAUCAAGAAUUACCGGAUAUUGAAGUUGAUGACUGGGUGGGAUCAAAAUAAAAUGUUCGCGAUUGGGAGACAUUUGUCGGGUCAUACCUUAAUUCUGUUGGAGGUAAAUUUAAACCGGCCACAGAUUGGUGAUGUUUCCAUACAAGAGUUGGCUAGACUUCCGGGUCUAGCCUACGGUGAUCAGUUUGUCGCGACAUUGGGCCGCAUUCAAAGGAGUAAAUACCUUCUCCUGGCGGCACUAAUGAGUGCCAAUCAGCGUGCUAUCUACAAGGUACCAAUGGACUGA